AUGGGUUUGACUGAUAGCAAAGCACAAACAUAUGCAGGAUUCACCGCAGACGCUUCACACUUCUGUGGCCGCAACAGCGGCGAAUCACUGCAAACUCCCUUGCAAAAAAACAAACAAGCAACAAAAGGUGAAAACAGCUCCAUCAUGUUGCUGGAGAAACAUCUCAACAGCAAUCAUUCAUCUGGCUUCUCCAGUGGAUUCAUUUGGGAAAUAUAUAAUGCACUACCCGACUGUAAUGCACAAAACGAGGGCAUCUAUUUUUGGGAGUUUUGCAGUUUUUUGUUCUUCGCCUUUGGGUUUCCUGCAUCCAUCACCGUCAUCUGGGAGCUCUUUAAGACACACCGGAAUGGAAUGGCCUUCACCCCAAAUGAUUUCUUCAUCCUGAACCUCUCUGUCAUGGAUGCGGUCUUCAUGUUCUUCAUUCCUCCUGGGAUUUUAAACCGCUUGUUUUGGCAUAAAUGGCAGAUAGAUGUGAUCUGGAACGGCAUUUAUGCUUUGAACUUGUGCGGGAGACCUCUCUUGAUGGCUUGUGUCUGUCUGGACUGUUACGUGGCUGUAGUUCAUCCCAUCACCUACCACAAGAGGAAAAGUCUCACUCCAAGAGUUUUACUGGCUGCCGUUGUCUGGAUGUUCACAGUUUCCACAGGGGUGGUCUACUUUCUUUUGCCUAUGGCCUUCCCCACCAUGCUCCCCACUUUGCCAUUCAUAAUUGCAAUUGUGACCAUUGGGAUCUGUGAUUUCUUCAUCCUCCACACACUAAUGAAAGCUCACCCUGGAGGGAACACAAUCCACCCACAGAAGCAAAGAGGCAUUCACACUGUCAUCAACAGCCUGAUUGUUGUGGUUAUUUCCUACGUACCUCCGGUUCUGCUGAUUACAAUCGGACUUCGGCUGAUCAGUGAUGCCACAACCUUAUACUGUAUGAUUGCAAUUCCAAGUCUUGUCACCUCAACUAUGGGAUCAGCCGUCAUGCCUAUGCUGUACCUCAAUAAUCUCGGGAAAUUUGAUCAUUUCAUGCUUGGAGGCUGCAGGAAGUCUUAA